CAGUCACGCAGACGCCGCUGGACUGUGCAGUCCGGGCCGUGCUGGGCGAGCGGUGCGGGAACUACGCAGCCACGCCAGGACGCGUGCACGCGCAGGGAGGACCCCCACCCCCCCUCCACCCCGCAGCUACCAGGCCCCGGAGGAACCGUAGCCAGCUUUGCAGGAGCCGGCGCCUCUAGGCUACCAGAUGUUCGCGGCCAUCCAACCAGGGCUAGCAGAGGGGGCCCAGUUCCUGGGGGGCCUGCCUCCUGGAGUCUGUCAACCCGAGCUCCAACCAGACAAUAAUUCCAACUUUGUGGAGAGUGCUAAGGAUGCCAAUAAGAAUUGGCAUGGUGUGCCAGGCAAAGUGGAACCCACCCUGGUGAGGAGUUCCUCUGAGUCACCCUCUGACAACCAGGUCUUCCAAGCCACUGGGCUCCUGGAGGCGGGAGUCCGCAGUCCCCCGGAGGGUGCAGAGAUCCCUGGGGCUGAGCCUGAGAAGCUGAGUGCUGCCAGCAGUGUCUGUUCUCCUCUGGAGGACAUCGGCUAUGCCAGCAGUUCCUUGAGCACCGACAGCCUUAGCAGCAGUCCAGAGCCUGUCUGUGGGACUCCUCAAGGCCCAAGCCCUCUGGAUCCCCUUCUGCCCUCCGUGGCCCAGGCUGUGCAGCAGCUGCAGGCUCAGGAGCGCUACAAAGAGCAGGAGAAGGAGAAACACCACGUGCACUUGGUGAUGUACCGGCGCUUGGCACUGCUCCAGUGGAUCCGGGCUCUCCAGCACCAGUUGGUUGACCAGCAGGCCCGACUGCAAGAGAGCUUUGACACCAUCCUAGACAACCGAAAGGAACUUAUCCGCUGUCUCCAACAGAGGGAAGCACCUUGCCGGCACCAGGACCAUUGCUAAGGCCACGCACAAGUGUGUGUAUUUGCACGUCUGUGUGUGGUUAUGCACAAGUAAGUACGUGAGUAUUAGUUGUCCUGAGCGCAAGUAAACAUGAGUGAGUCUGUAUGCGCUCACAUGUAGGCAGGUAUGUACAGGCAUGUGUGGAUGAAGUUGUAUGUAUUAUGUGUAGCAUGUGUGUUUAUGUAUGCAUGUGUGGCUAGGUGCCUAGGAAUGUGUAUCUAUUCCUGAAUAAGAUGUACAUGCAAAAGACUUGUAUGCAUAUGUAUCAGUUAAAUGUACAGGCUUAUGUUGGGUGUGCUGAGACUUACAUGUGCCAGUGCUGGCAUAAGAAGCGUGUGUUAGGAACAUGUGUAUUUGCAGAGAGACUUAGGAGCAGGUGCGUACAAAUGUAUGUUCCGUUGCACCUGCAAGGCACCCACCCAUCCCCUGUGUUCCCAGAGUCCACCCCAGCCUUGUACUCUACCGAGUCUCAGCUUCCUGGAGAAAGAAGCCUGUCUUGCUGGCAUAUAUCGGAGGGUGGUGGUUGAUCCAUUCUCCUGGAGUUUCCCAGGCUACCUCCUGCCCUUUCCCAUCAUUUAACCAGACCUUGCUCUGUCUGCUAACACUGCUGUCUCUAAUGUUGGCUUUUUGGUAAGAGCUUUUUUUUUUUUUUUAUUUGGGGUGGUCGCUUUUCAUUUGUUUUGCUUAUUACAGUACAGGAGAUUGAGUCCAAAGCCUUGUGCAUGCUAGGCAAAUGUCUUACCACCGAGCUGCACCUCCAGCCCGUUAAGAGGCUUAUUGGUUGCUCUAGCCUUCCUUGGCACAUUUGCUGCUGUUUGGUCAGGGCAGUUGGUGGAGCCUGGGUCUCAGGGAGGGAACUGGCAUGAUGGUGGAGGCAGUAACAGGGGUGGGGGAAGGGAUAAAGAAAGACAUAAACUCUCUUCAAGGGGCGGUGGUGGCGCACGUCUGUAAUUCCAGCACUCGGGAGGCAGAAACAGGCAGAUCUCUUGAGUUCCAAGCCAACCUGGACUACAGAGUGAGUUUCAGGACAGCCAGGGCUGUACAGGAAACCCUGUCUCAAAAAUAAUAAUAAUAAUAAUAAUAAUAAAAAAGAAAGAAAGAAAGAAAGAAAGAAAGAAAGAAAGAAAGAAAGAAAGAAAGAAAGAAAGAAAGAAAGAAAGAAAGAAAAAGAAACUGUCCUCUUGAGCCCUGUCUUUGGCUCCAGGGGAGGUGAGGAUGGGAGAGACCGAUGAUGUUAGAGCUCUGAAGAACAGGAGAAGAGAAUUUUAAAACACCAUAUUGCCACGCUGAGGAGAGCCUGAACACCAUGUUAAUUUAAGUUUCUGCUGAAGGGGACUGUGUGCAUCUAAGCAUGCAGGUCAUAGACCAGAUGUACCCAGGCUGUCAGGGCGUGAGAGGAAACCUCCCUUCUCUUCACCUCCCCCUUGCUGCCUCCUUUGCUUUAGCAACAAUGAAUGUCCAAUUGGUUUGGUUCAUUUUUCCUGAAAUCUAACUGUCCAGAGGAGCCAGAGCUCAGCUUCCCAAGCGGGCAGGGGGCAGGGUCAGUGCAGCCUCCUGAAGCUCUUAGGAUGGUUGACUAUACUUUUCUUUUUGUGCAUGACUCCUCUGAACAGGGAUGACAGGCCCCAGCAGAGGCUUCAAGCCUUGGAGAUGAAUGCCUAUGGGGCCGACCAAUAAUGAAGGUAGUGCAGCCUUUUGUGUUGGUUCUGGGUGCCAAGAGAGUGCAAGAUCCUAGUGGGUGAGCAAUGACGUGGAGAAGGAACGGUGGCAGGUGACAGGGAAGGCACCGAUGGUGCCUCUGGCCUCAGUCUACCCACCUGCAAACUGGGGGCCCUUCCACCCUAUCGCCAAAGAGUUCCAUCCUUGAUGGGUGGGCGGGUGAAAUGUGGACCCUGGGGACUUUCUAUUGUUCUUGCAUGUUGAACAUGAACCUGGCCUUUGGACCAAUCCUGGAUAAAUAAACUAAGACAGAAAAUUAAA